AUGAAGAGCCACCCUCCACUUUUAGUGGAGAUGAUAAAAAAAGGAGCAUCUACAACCCUGUCCACAGUACAGGGUGGUGAUCACACCAAGUGUGAGGAUGGGAGAAGGGAAGGUAAUAAUAACUACGGGGAGGAUGAUAGCACGAACAGUGUUGGUUGUGAGGGUGCCUACAACUCGGACAGCUGCGAAGAUAAGUCGACGUGCGCCUCCUCCAUCGGGAAGAGCGUGCACAUUAUAAACGCCAGCUUCAGUAGAAUAAAAAAAAACCUAAGUGAUAUAAAUAAAGCCAUUGAGUUGGAUAUCGACUCGGAGGGAGAAACGGGUGACGAGUUCGGCGGCCAAUCGGAGGCCCAAUCGGAGGCCCAAUCGGAGGACCAAUCGGACGCCGAGACCGCCGCGACCGUCUCGAGCAACGACAGCAGCGUGGUGAGGACGUUCCACGCUUCUAACGGCAACAGCGAAUACGAUCACGAUCACGAUGAAAAUGGUGAUGGAGAUGACGAGGGGGAGGACAGGAAAAGGAGCAAGCAGUUACAGCUGCUACUAAACAACGUAAUAAACACCAAGUUGGAGAAAAAAAAAAUCGGUACUCUAGACAUAAUUGAUGAGUGCAUAUCUAUGAAGAACGACUACACGUCCGGUGGGGAGAAGAGGGAGGACGGGGGAGAGGAGGAGAGCUGUGCGUUCGUUGUGGACGGGGUGCCCCGAGGCAUCAGCUACGCACAGAGUGUGGACUUGCGCGAGGUGGAAAAUUUGGGCGAUCUCUUAGCAGGUAUGGCGGCGUGUGAAGAGGCGGGCGACUUUGCGGUGGACGCGGACGCGCCGACGGACAUGGACGUGGUGGACUUGAAGGACCCGGGUGCGGUCACCAGUGAAGGUGGGGCGAAGCGAAAAAGGAAAGCAAAAAAGGAAAGCGAAAAAGGAAAGCGAAAAAGAAAAGCGAAAAAGAAAAGCGAAAAAGAAAAGCGAAAAAGACGCAAAAAAGCGUAA